AUGUACAGCUUUAUGGGUGGAGGGUUGUUCUGUGCAGGAGUGGGGAACAUCCUCCUGAUCGUUUCCACAGCAACCGAUUACUGGAUGCAGUAUCGGCAGUCCGGCAACUACAUGCACCAGGGCCUGUGGCGCUACUGUAUGCCGGGGAAAUGCUUCCCACACAACAUCAGCAUUGCCCACUUAGACGCCACCCGCGCCCUCAUGAUCCUCUCUCUUUUGGCCUGUUUCAUUGGCAUCAUCAUUGGCAUUAUGGCUUUCAUCCAUUACUCCUCCUUCGACAGGUUUGACAAAACCUUUGCUGCAGGCAUAUUGUUUUUCAUCUCAUGCUUUUUAGUGUUUCUAGCAAUGGCAGUGUACACUGGUGUGACAAUUAACUACUACGGGAAACGCUAUGGAAACUGGAGGUUCUCCUGGUCCUAUAUCAUUGGCUGGGUUUCAGUGGUGCUCACCUUCUUUUCAGGUAUAUUCUAUCUGUGUGCCUAUCGGAUGCAUGAAUGCCCCAGAAGCGCUAACUCUCAUUAG